GCUGCUGCUGCUGCUGUCUCUCUCUUUAACUAUGUGGUUUUCCAGCUUUUUGCUGAGCACCGAGGGGGUUUUAAUCUCUAUUUUUUUCUUCCUUCUGAUCACAUACCACCUCAAAAACAGGAAUCCAAGGAAUUUUCCACCAGGACCAUUUGCUUUACCCUUUAUUGGGAAUUUCCAGAUUGUGGACAAGAAACACCCACAUAUUUAUUUUACCAAGCUGGCUGAAGUCUAUGGGAACGUGUUCAGUUUCUGCUUCGGCAGCAAUAAAAUGGUAAUGAUCUCUGGAUAUAAGAUGGUAAAAGAGGCUCUGGUGACGCAAGCUGACAACUUUGUGAAUCGACCAUACAGUGCCCUGGCUGACAGGUUUUACUCGGGACCCACAGAGGGUCUGUUCAAGAGCAACGGUGGGAAAUGGAAGGCACAGAGACGCUUUGCUUUGUCUGCAUUACGAGACUUCGGCCUGGGGAAAAAACGCAUGGAACAGUGUAUCUGUGAGGAGAUCCGAUACCUGCAGGAGGAGAUAGAGCAGGAGAAAGGUAAACUUUUCAGUGCAGCAGGUCUCUUCAACAAUGCUGUGUCUAAUAUAGUUUGCCAGCUGGUGAUGGGGAAAAGAUAUGAUUACAGUGACCACAACUUCCAGCUCAUCCUGAAGUAUCUGUCUGAGAGUCUUCAGUUGGAGGGCUCCAUAUGGGGUCAGCUCUAUGAAUCAUUCCCUGGAGUGAUGAAGCGUUUGCCAGGUCCUCAUAACAAAAUGUUCAGCUAUUUCGACAUAGUCAAAGAUUUCAUCGCUCAGGAGAUAAAGAGCCACAAGGAGGACCUGGACCCCAACAAUCCCGGAGACUACAUCGAUGCUUUCCUUAUCAAGAUGGAGAAUCUCAAUGAAUCUGACCUGGGCUUCACUGAGACCAACCUGGUUUUGUGCUCUGCUGAUCUUUUCCUGGCUGGAACAGAAACAACUGCCACUACUUUGCUGUGGGCUCUGGUUUUCUUGAUCAGACAUCCUGAUGUCCAGGAGAAAGUCCAGGCAGAGAUAGAUAACGUGAUUGGACAAACCCGCCAGCCUUCCAUGGCUGACAGACCAAAUCUGCCCUACACCGAUGCCGUCAUCCACGAGAUUCAGAGGAUGGGAAAUAUUGUUCCUCUCAAUGGACUCAGAGUUGCUGCCAAGGAUACAACCCUGGAUGGUUACCACAUACCCAAGGGUACCAGUGUGUUGCCUGUACUCACCUCUGUGCUGUUUGACAAGACUGAAUGGGAGACUCCAGACACCUUCAACCCAGGACACUUCCUGGAUGCUGAUGGGAAGUUUGUGAAGAGAGAAGCAUUCCUACCUUUCUCUGCAGGGAACCGUGUGUGUCUUGGUGAAAGCCUCGCCAAGAUGGAGCUGUUCCUGUUUUUUGUCAGCUUGCUGCAGCAGUUCACUUUCUCUGUUCCUGAUGGAGUGGAGCUGAGCACAGAGGGAGUUUCUGGAAUUGUACGUGUGCCUGAACCCUUCAAGGUUCACGCCAAGGCUCGAUAAAUCUCACUGAGCCAUUUAACCAACGACUAAGAGUCAAGACUGAGAAAAAGUAUUUUAAUGAAGGAUGGAUUUUUUUUUUUAAAAUUUUAAUAUCUUCAUGUCAUUGCUGUAUCACUGCUGCCUGCAAAGAUUACCUGAUUUUCUUUACAUGUGCAUCCGAAUCACUAUAUUGUGUUUUAAUUCAAGGAUAUUCCAUCAUUAAAUUGCAAUAACGACAA